AUGGACGCUAUGGAGCCCGACUUGCGUACUCAGUCCUAUAGCCCCGAUGAUAUUCAGGAUGGAAUACGUUCGGAGCAUUCUUCUGAGAAGCAACCCAUGACUCCCGGUGUGCCCAAGGCUGAGAUAACUCUCGCUCCAAUCGAUCACGGGCUCUCUGCAUGGGCAACUGUGGUUUAA